CUCAAGGAUUCCAUACCAAUGCAUGUUUAAUACAUACACCUGCCUACCGAUACAUGGAACGGGCCGAUGUACCGUUCACUUUCCGUCAACUUUCCAACCACAUCGGGACAGCCUGCCCCCGACUAUGACGGAUGUUCUUAAAGCACAUCGACUUGACAACCGCUUUGCGGCCUGCGUACCUGCCCGAUGAAGACCUCCUCUUUGUGCAAGACAAUGUGGGGUUGUAUGAGGGGAAAUACAAGCUCCCCGACCACCAGAAUGGUCAGGUCUAUCUGACCUCGCAUCGGAUAUGCUACGUGGACAAGGCGGAGCCGAGGAAGCACUCGGUCGCCCUAGAUCUCAAGGGCGUCGAGCGUUUUGAGUUCUACGGUGGCUUUCUCAAGUCAUCGGCCAAGAUCACGCUGGUCCCAAAGGCGACGAAGCGCUCUUCUUUACAGGCCCGGUCUCCCGGUAUUGCGGCUGCCCCCUCGCGGAGCAGUACCUCCUCGCCCGCUCAACACCAGGAUGGCCCGAUUCGAGGAUCACCGGUGGAACCAACGCCAGCGAGCAGCGCAACAUGGGUCUGCACCAUCUGCAGUUUCUCAAACCCGGUGCCUUCCAACUUCGACCCGACGACUGCUAGCGUCCACACGCCGCUUCCCCCAUGUCUCGCCUGUGGCAUCAAGCCCACCUUGACCCAUGUUCUUAAAGCGGCGAUAUCCAAUGCUACCAGCCGGCAGCCCAGCACUCUGGCCCUGCAGACUCCACUCCCGGUCCGGCCCAGGCCCGCUACCGAGUCCCCGUCCAGGCUGGACCGUGUCCGUGACUCCUCGCCUCGGAGCUCGGAUCCAGACGCAUCCUUCCAAUGCCCGCGAUGUACUUUUCUCAACCAUCCUUCACUACUAUCCUGUGAGAUGUGUGGAGGGCCGCUGAUAUCCCACGACGUCGCCGCUGAGCUCACGCCGCAGACCCGAACGCACACAGAAUCCCCCGGCCCAGUCCUCAACGCCUUAAGUGCCAUCCCACCCGGCCUUGAAAACUCGGAAAGCGUCAAAAUCUCAUUCCGCGGUGGCGGCGAGAAGAUAUUCUACGAACGACUCAAAGGCUCCAUGACCCAGCGUAAAUGGCUCCUCCAAGGUGCACCUCCAAUCCCCAAAGCCUCCCGGCCCGGUGAAGACCUCAACAGCCACAGCGGCGACGGGACGACCACCUCCUCAUCCCAAGCUCGGCCCAAAAUAGCCGGGAUAGCCGGCCUCGAACACCACAGCCAAGCGAUGCGCAAAAACAACGAGCUCGUGAUCGGCACGGCCUUCGAAGACCUCGAAGCACUCAUGGCCUCAGCCAAAGAAAUCGUCGCGCUCGCCGACACCUUCGCGCGGCAAGUCAAAGGGGCGUCGGGGACGUCGAGCGCGAGCGAGAACGCGCUGCUGGCCGACUCGGUCAGCCAGCUGGGCCUGAUCACGACCAAGGACAUCGUGGGCAGCAGCAGCGGCGCGGGCGGCAGCGACUCGCUCUACCUCUCGGAGCUGGCCCGCACCCUGGCCGAGUUCCUGACCGACGACCGCCGCGGCGUGCUCCGGCGCGCCGGCGGCAUCAUGUCGCUCGUCGACCUGUGGGCCGUCUUCAACCGCGCCCGGGGCGGCGUCGAGCUGGUCAGUCCGGCCGACUUUGAGAAGGCCGCCGCGCUGUGGGAGACGCUGGGCCUGCCGGUGCGUCUGCGGACGUUCAAGUCGGGCGUCAAGGUUGUGCAGGGCAGCGAUUGGACCGAUGAGACUACCAUCAAGGCCCUGCUGGGGUGGCUGAGGGAUCUGCACGAGUUUCCGCCCGAGCGGGAGGUGCCGUGGGACUGGCACAUGUUUGGCCGUGGGGUUACGGCGAGGGAUGUUGCCGAGCGGUUUGGGUGGAGUAUCGGUGUUGCGGAGGAGGAGCUGGAGAUGGCCGAGGAGAGGGGUGUGCUGUGUCGUGAGGAGGGUAUCGAGGGGCUGAAGUUCUGGGAGAACUUUAUCGAUACCGGCGAGGGAAAGGGGUACAAAGACCCGGCGACGCUGCAGCAAGAGCAACUGACCAGGGCGCUGGCUAGCGCGGGUAUUCUUUGAGCCUCGCGAGUAAGUUUCCAGAUCGACGGCAAAUAGAAGUAGGAGCAAGCAGCAUUCACGUCUACAGAAACAACUUGAGCAUCUUGAGAAGAGUUGGAUUGAUCCCGAAACCCAUUUUCCGUCCCAUUUCCCCAGCCCUCUUUCUAAGC